AUGUCAGAGAUCAGUGAGACAAUCGAGACUGAUGGCAGUGGUGAUAAUGAGUUUGAAGCCAGACAACUCAGCACGUCUCUUGACACUUUUGAGCCCCCACAUCCCCAGCUGCUCCCAGAUUCUUCUCGGGAAAGGUUCGUUCAUAGUGGUGCUGAGCCAUGCCCACGAGCUGAUGUGAAGCGAAGUCUGUCUGUUGUAGAGAGCAACCUGAAUCCACCUGAAAUUCAAAAGGUCAUUGUUGAGCACAUUGUGAGGAGAGAUGAAUUAAACACACAUUCACACUUUCCCAUCAAGCUUCGUUCAUUCUCAGGCAAGCUCCCCAGACCCAAUGGUGAGACAGACUACGACACAUGGCGUUCACAUGUUGAGCUUCUCAGGAAAGACCCCACCCUGUCUAAUCUUCAGAAAUCACGUAAAAUCUUUGAAAGUUUGCUCUUCCCUGCAGCAGAUAUUGUCAAAAGACUAAGCCCUGAAGCUACUCCUGAAUCCUACCUUCAACUGCUGGACGCAGCCUUUGGAACCGUCGAAGACGGCGAGGAGCUUUUCGCCCAGUUUAUGAAUACUCUUCAGGAUCCUGGUGAAAAGGCCUCUACGUACCUCUGCCGCCUUCAAGCUGCCCUGAACCUUGCUGUUAAGAGAGGAGGAGCUGCUGCCGGAGAAGCAGAUAGACACAUUCUCAAACAGUUUUGUCGCGGGUGUUGGGACAACCACUUGCUCUCUGACCUCAACCUCGAAGAAAAGAAAAGUCACCCAUCAGCAUUUUCAGAGCUCCUGUUAUUAAUCCGCACUGAGGAGGAUAGGCAGGCAGCUAAAGCCACACGUAUGAAGAAGCACCUUGGCUCACACCGGCAGCGGGUUAUGGCAAGUUCUCAGGGUGUGUGCAUCUGCAGUCAACAAGCAGCAUUCCAGCCUGAGUCUGACCCAUUGACAGAGCUUAAACAGCAGGUGGCGUCGCUGCAGAGCCAACUCACCACGCUGAUGUCUAAGAAAGCCAAGAAGACUCCGAAGACCAAGGGGAACACUGAGCAGCCAUCAGGUGGGCCAGCUUCUAGACUUGACCCUAGAGCACCAAGCUGGAAACCUACCAACUCAAAAACAAGCACCCAACCAAGACCUUGGUAUUGUUUCAACUGCGGCGAGGACGGUCACAUCUCCUCAGCUUGCAGUAACAAUCCAAACCCCACUCUCGUCAAUGAAAAAAGAGAUCAAUUGAGAGAAAAGCAGCCUCUGGGAGGCUAA